GUUGACUAAAAAGCCCUAAAACCCUCACUUUCUCUGUCAAACCCCCAAAUUCCAAUGUCGAGCGAUCGCGCCGGCGACGGUGACGACAAUGACAAGGAUACGGCGGCGGUGGCGAAGACGGCGGGGUUGGUGGUGUUUUCCGGCAUCGCAAUGAGCAUCCUCAAAGCCCUUGUUAACCCUCUUAGCAAACCCAACCUCCACACCAACCACAACUACAACGACAAUGAGACCAAACCAUUUGGUGAGUCAGCUCAGGCUGUUCAGCAACACCACUCUGUCUCUCCCCAAGAACCCAUCAUCAAGAAACCCAUCACUUCUGUGGAGCAAACUGUGCCAGAAUCUUCUACGACAACGAUAGAGAUUGUAAGGGGAGAUACCCUUUGGGGUCUUUCUAGAAAAUAUGGGGUUUCUAUUGAGGAAAUUAAAGAGGCUAAUGGGCUUACUGGGGACACCAUCUAUGCUGGCAAGAAACUUAUUAUUCCCUGAUAUGAUAUAUCAUCUUGCACUUGAUAUUUGUCUGUAAUUUUAUCUUGGCUUUAGGCUGUAACAAAUGUGUCUUAUGAGAAAGAAAAAAAAUUGGUCCCAGAAGUAGUGUUCUUGGUUGAUCCACCUGUUUUCAAACUCAUAUGAUGUAGCAAAUGGUGAUUUUUGAAGUAACACAGAUUAUCCACAGGAUGUCUUGUUGUAUAUCUUGUGUGAUAACAUAAAUCAAAUACAUUCAUAUAUUUAACAA